CGAGGCACAACCAGAAUGGAAUUCUCGUCGACAUGGACGACUACCGACGCACUCGAGCUCGCGCAGUCCUCGCACGGACGGGAGCUGCAUGUGUUCGUACCGCAAGUCCUGAAGCUGUGCAAAACGAAGGAAGAUCUGUCCUGCACUGUUUCAAUCAUGUUUCCCAGUGCGCUCAAGCUGCUGGACGUGACGAUUGACAGCUCCGCGCGCCACGUAGAAGUCUAUAUUGUAUCUUGCAGCCCGACAGGUGAGCGGCAACCCCGGUACGUCGACACUGUCCGCGGGAUCAAAUUGGACGACAACUUGUUCCACGUGGCGUAUGCCUUCUCCAACAUGGAAGAGAUGCAAGUUGGGUCUGGUGUGUCUUUCAAAUUUGUAUCGUUGCAGCCGCCUCAGUUGAAGGAUGUUCUCACGUUGGGCGAACUCAAAGUUCGCGUGCAUCCCUCGGUGGUAACGCCUAGCGUCCAGUCUCCAUCAGCCCCACAGACCGCCACGCCGUCGGUUCCGGACCUCUCUCCAAGUCGACCCUCCGCGCCUCCCAUUGACAUGGACACGAUGAAGAUGAUUCUUUCGAUGCAGCAAGCCAUGCAAAAACAAAUGGAAGACAAGAUAUACAAGGCAGUCGACGCGCGAUUCACUCAAUUGGCGGCACGGCUGCAGUCGACCGAGUCCAAAAUCCAAUCGCUGGCGGUCAGCAUCCCGAAAGCCGAGGUCAAGCAGGACAAGGAAACUUUCGCAGGGAUUUUGAAGCGGCUUGCGGCCCUCGAAAAAGAUGUUCGAGGGUUGAAGGCGUUCAACGACAGCGGUGAGUUGUCGGCAGCGUUGCAGGAACUCCACGUUGUUUCGACGGAGAAGGGUCACGAUCAUGACGAGGUUCCCACGGAAGGCGAAGCGUUUCGAGACGACCCAGCGCUAGCCACCGCGACGUCGAGCACUGCCAUCGUGUCCCUCUCGUAGCAGAUUCUCAAUCGUGACAAGAACUGCGAGCAAUUUCAUUCGCUGGGAGAUUCUUUUUAACCAAUCCGAUUUCGUAUGUGGA